CUUGAAUUCGACGAUGGCUGGUAUCACUGUCAAGGACGUCAAUGCUCAUGCCUUUAUCAAGGCCUAUGCUGCUUAUUUGAAGCGUACCGGUAAGCUUGAUGUCCCCAAGUGGGCUGAUCUUGUCAAGACCGGUACCUUCAAGGAAUUGGCUCCCUAUGACCCCGACUGGUACUUUGUCCGUGCCGCUUCCGUUGCUCGCCACAUCUACAUCCGCAAGAGCGUCGGUGUUGGUGCUUUGAACAAGGUUCACGGUGGCCGUGUCAACCACGGUUCCCGUCCCUCCCAUCACGUUGAUGCUUCCGGCUCCGUCAACCGCAAGGUUCUCCAGUCUUUGGAAAAGAUUGGUGUCUUGGAAAAGGACAAGAAGGGUGGUCGCAGAAUUACCCAGGAUGGUCAGCGUGAUUUGGAUCGUAUCGCCAUGACUCUCGCCGAAGACGAAGAGUAAAUACUCCCUUUUACUCUCUUACCAUUCGUAUUUUUUUCUGCAACAAUAUUAAAAAUGAUCUCAAGGGGUCCAAUUCACUCAUAGAAGAAUGAGAGAACAAUGCAUGAGUGAAUGAUUGUAUGAAUAGCGUGUGAGGGUUGAGGAAAUUAUUCGGAUAUAUGUUGCGUAGGUGCGAAGAAAACUCAUUGAAACGCUAUUCAUGCAUCAAAGCAAAAUCGAGGAGUGAAAGUGCGUUUAGUUUUGGG